UACGACUCGCUCCUCCAGUGAGGGACGAAGCGAGCUUUUGAACGCACGUCAGUUUCGAACUAAGUCAAAUUCGGAACGCGGCAUUCCGAAUUUAAAUUCGAACUUUACGAGUUCGGUUUUCGAAAGUUUUGUGAGUGCGGUGUUCGGAACACGGUGUAAAUGUGAUGAUUCGGUUGGUCUGUUUGUGUGUGCGUCUUUUUUACUGUGUGCUGUGACGGAAAUUUUAUUCUAAUUUGGAGUUGUUAUAUUUUCGACCAACAAUUUAUUGUUGCUUGUACCGGAACUCCUGUUCAUCAAAUACCUACCAGAUACCAAGAAAAGCUAAGCAAUGACAAUACAAAAACAUUGAGUCUACCAACCCUACGCUACCAUUCCAUUUCGACCAAUGGCAAAGCAGAGCAAGCCUCGAUUCCACCAAUGAGAGAGCUGCGCGGGAGUAUGGAUGGACCAUAGAAUGCGCCGAGGGUUGGCGCCUCUUCUACUGCUGUUCAUCAAAUAUGUUACAGCCUUCAUACCUGGUGCUGAUGGCCCCGUGUCCGCCGCACAAGGGCUGGAGGGCGGCGCCGCCACGCUGGCCUGUCCCUCCGCCCCCGACCAGCCCGCUGACGAGAUGAUGCUGCUCGUGUGGUACAAGGACAAUGCGCCCGUCUACAGCUACGACGCCCGCAUCGGCAGCUCGUGGUCCAACGAGUUCUUCAACUCUUCGGGCCGCGUCUCCGUGGAUCUGCACCGGCAGCCCACGACCCUCACCGUCUCCAGGCUCCAGGAGGAUGACGAGGGCUUGUACCACUGCCGGGUGGACUUCCUGAUGACUCCGACCAGGAAUAUCGGGGUUAACUUGAGCAUUGUUGUGGUACCGAGCUUUCCUUUCUUUCUGGAUGAAAUGGGCAACAAAGUGGAGAGUAAAGUGGGCCCCUACCACGAGGGAGAUACGCUUAUGCUGAGCUGUUUAGUCAUCGGAGGCCGGCCGCCGCCGCGCAUCUCCUGGUACUCCGGAGGCGUGCUGGUGGACGCAUCAGACGGCGCCAGCGAGGUGCCUGGAGUGAAGGAGAACGAGCUAUACCUGCCUCUCACUCGCGAGUACUCCGGCCCGCUGACCUGUCGCGCUAGUAACACGGAGCUGAUUGCACCGGUUGAGGCGUCCGUUGAAAUUGAACUGUAUUUGUCCCCUCAGAACGUGUCCAUCCACUGGGUGUCAGGCACCGACAGUGAGGAGACCCUGCGUGCCGGCGAGCCCGCGGUGGUGGGGUGCCGGGCCGGGGGGUCGCACCCCGCGCCCACCCUCGCCUGGUGGCUGGAUCAUAGGCAUCUGACGCAGCAUAGUAAUCAGACCUGGCUGAACAGCUCCCAAACAGCAGUCUCGUACCUGCGGCUGACCCCCUCAGUGGGGGACCAUGGCGCCACGCUGUCCUGCAUCGCCACCAACCCCGCAAUGGAGCCCGAGCGCGCGUCACGGGCUGACGUGAUUACGCUGAAUGUUACUUAUAGUCCAAUAGUAGAAGUGUCUAAGGUUGGUGACGGGAAGCUGAAUGAAGUGGUGGAGCUGGACGCUCUGCACCUCGAGUGUGAAAUCAUAGCAAACCCUCCGGUCGACAAGAUCGAGUGGUACUUCAAUGACAGCAAGAUCCACGCCGGCGGUCGGUGGGGCGACAACACGUCAGCCCCCUCACUGGUGGUGGAGGAGGCCGGCCGGGACCUGGCAGGGAGGUACGCCUGCGCCGCCGGGAACAGCGUCGGGGAGACGAGGGCUCAUGCUUUCACUAUUAGCGUACUUUAUAAACCAGAUUGCAGUCGUGACGGCAUCACCCUUGAUCAAGAAACCCUCAUGUGCCACAUCGACUCCCUCCCACCACCUGAUGCCUACUUCUGGCACAUCACGCCUGUCGGUUUAGAAACCCAACAACUUACCACCGGAUCCGCCCUUCUGCCUCUCAGCCAGAUAAUAGGGCCGUUGACGGAACCCCUCCAUGUGAUGUGUUCGGCAGAGAACGGGAUAGCUACACAGGAGAAGGCGUGUGAAAGAGUGGUCAGCUUGAAGCAUUUGAGGCCGCCGCAGCCACAGCACUGCGAUCUGGCUUUUGAGGAUGAUGAAGUGCAGAUGCGGUGUAUUCCAGUGGAAAACGCCACGCACUACGAAGUGUCAGUCUGGCGGAUGUCUUCCUCCAACACGUCCCUCAUCCUGGCUCACCGGGGGGCCAUGGGCUGGGGCUCCGGUCUGGCCCUGGCGCGAGGGCCGGGGCCGUGGCUGGUGCGGGGGUCGCUGGGACAGCUGCGAGCCGGGGAUGAGGCUGGCGCGGCCGCUUGCAACGUGUAUGGAUGUUCUACAGCCAUACUGUUGAGACCUACUGAUGUGCUUCUGUAUGCUGCUUCUCCGCCGUGGUGGCAUUUCCUGCUAGAGCGAGACGCAUUCAUCGCCGUCGGCGCUGUAAUGCUGAUCGCCGUGUUCAUCCUCUCGACGUACAUCGCGGUGGCGUAUUCCCGGCGGCGCUGCAAGCCUCGUCCUCCGAUGGUGCAAGUGCUUCAGCUGGAUGACGUGGCGCGGGAAUACUUGCAGGCGCUCGAAGUUAAGCGUCUAGCAGCGAGCAGCGUGCGGUCGUGCAGCAGCGGCUACUCGGGCGGCAGCCUGGAGUCCGAGCCGCCGGCCGUGGACCGUGUCGCCAAGCCCUACUACUGGGACCAGCCGGACGUUACCCACACGCUGCAUAGAGAGAGCGCCGUGUGAAAGAGUGUUGGAAACCUUAUAGACGAAGAAACUUCUCGAUUCAUGUACAAGAAUAAGUGACAAUGCUGCAUGGUUUUCAUGCCUUGUUUAAUGCGCACUUAUAUACCUACGGAGUACUUACGAAGAAUAUAGGCCGCUGGAGUAUAAAACUCCCGUGAUAAGGACAUGACUUAUAUGUAGACUUCUAUGAACUAUGCAGCAUAGAUUAUAUAAACCUGGAGCUUGUAUUAGCCUGGAGUUGAGUUGAAUUUCAGCCAUCAUUAUUAAAGACCCAAAAAAAGUGUAUGUGUAAGCUAUUAAAAAUGUAUAAUUGUGAUCAAAAGAUUUUAUCUUGAUUUUAUGGUGAUGUACAUUAUGAAACAUGUCAUUACUGAGGGGAACCACUAGCAGGCACAGGAGCAGUAUAGCUUGGGACGCCCCGUCACUAGCCCGGUACCUAGUGGUUGCAUGAGGUAGGCCAAGUAGACAACAAUCCUCCAGCAGUAGACCAUUUUUGUCUAUUGACUAAAUACAAUGAAGUUCAAGAAAAGUUCAUCAUAAAAUUGUCUACUGAACAUUGAGAUAUAAUUUUAGUAAAUAUAAAUAUAUUUAAAUAUACUUAAUUAGCCAGAUAUUUUGGCAUAAGUGCCUAGUUGUAAGUAUGUUAACAUUAAAAAUGUAUCGUUGCUUAAGUUAAAUUAAGUACAUAAGUAAUAUAUUUAUGAAGCAAACAAGU